AUCAACCUUGAAUGCUACUGCGACGAGCCCUUCGCCGUCGUUCGAUUCAUUCGUGGCUGAAACCCCAAAUCCGACCCAUGGAACCGUCCACCAACAAACCAGCUCCUCGUCGCGUCGUGUCCUUGCUGCCCUCGGCGACGGAGCACUUCGCCGCCCUCGUCUCCGCGGCAGCUCGCCUGGGCCACACGUCGUUGCCGGAGUUGGUUGGACGUUCGCAUGAAUGCGACUUCCCCACUUCGUACGCAUCCAUCCCCACCAUAACGAAGCCACGCACAACGUUUACAUCUUGUGAAGACACGCACAAUCAAGUGGUGAAUCUGCUUCAAUCGGACGACUCGCUGUACGAGAUCGACGCUGCCACCCUCACAAAUCUCGCGCCCGACCUCAUCCUCGUCCAGGACGUGUGCAAUGUGUGCUCGAUAGAUCGCCCGACCGUGUCGUGCGCGAUGGCAUCCAACCCCAACACGGAAAUCCUUCUCGUCAACAGCCGCACGCUCGCCAACGCCCUCGAGGACUCAGUGAGGCUUCUAGGCAAAGCGCUUCACUUGGAGGACGCCGCCGAGGCCGUGGUUGCGGCCAACCGGGCGCGUCAAACUGCCCUAACCGUAACCACCCAAACGAUCCGUCGACCUAUCGUGUACAUUGUCGAGUGGAUGGAGCCGUUGUUCCUGGCCAAAGGCUGGGCAGACGAAAUGGUGGCGUUGGUGGGCGGCCAAGCCCCCGUGACCACCGGCCGCAUCGCCGACCCGUCCGUGCUGGAACCGCCCGACCUCAUCGUCGUCGCGCUGUGCGGGCUGGAUCGCCACACCACCGUCAAGGAACUUCGAUCGAAGCCGUUUCCGCCGUGGUGGCGGUCGUCCCCCGCCGUGCAAGCUGGUCAUGUGUUUGUCGUGGACGGCAACCAAAUGUUCAACCGGCCGACGAAUAGGCUCUUAGACGCGAUGGAAUGGCUGGGAGUGGUUGUGGCCAACCCUCAUCACUUCAACUCCAUACAGGGUUUCCCAGUCGACGCAUUCGACUCGGACGCGGCCGCGCCGCCCAUCUUGUCGGAGAUCGAAGCCGCCAUCGUCGCCGCGCACGCCGCCGCCUGCGCCGCCAACCAGGCGCGGUACAACGACCCCGCCACGGGCUACGGGGUGUUUACAUCGGCGUACCUGCUGGAUCGGCAGGCGUGUUGCGGCAACCGGUGCCGCCACUGCCCAUACGGCCAUGCAAACGUGCCGCUGGAGCAGCUGCACUUGAUCAAGUCCAAGAACACCAUGACGUCGUCCGUGUUCCUGCGGCCGCCAAAGCCCAGCGCCACCGGCCGGCUCGGCUACCGCAACCCCAAGCCAGUCAAAGGCGCUGUCCCGCGCGACGUGGUCGUCGUGUUCUGGAGCGGCGGCAAGGACUCGCUGCUGGCGCUGCUAGACACAAUAGACACGCUGGACAGAUCCGCCGAGGACAUUGUACUGCUCACGACGUUCAACCCUGACGAAGGGGUUGUGCCCGUCCAAAACAUCGACGUCCGCACGAUCGUGGCCCAGGCCGCCGCGAUCAACUUGCCCUUGUUUCUCGUCGCGGUAAGGUGGUGUUUUGCGCAUCAAAUCGCCAUGUGUCCAACACGGGUCUAUCUAAUAUCGCUAUGCAGGUACCCACAGGAGGCAACUACGCCGCGCUGGUGCACGACGCCUUGUCUGAAAUCCCCGGCAUGCGCAUGCCCCAUGUUCAACGCGUCGUGGGCCUGGUGGUGGGCGACUUGCACCUGGCCGACGUGCAUGAGUGGCGCGUGGCGGCGUUCCCGACCUACGACAUGCGCAGUCCGCUGUGGGGGCGAGACAUGCGCACGGACCUGUUGCCCAAGCUCGCGGCGGCCUGCGACAAGUACAAAGUGACCGUCCGGUACUCGGCCGUGGACACAAACCGCAUGCCACCGACCAUCCGCGAAGGCGACGCGUACGAGCCGCACCUUGUCCCAGGCACCGUCGACGCGAUGGGUGAAAACGGCGAGUUCCACACCGUCGUCGAGUUUGUCUAGAGGGACGUACAUUUGUAAGAAUAGUAGAAGAAUGUUGGUCGUCGUAGACUAAACGAGAUGACUGUAAUGCAUAUUAAUACUAUCAAUAGUAACUAUUA